AUUGGGGAAGGCAACGCCCCUGAUUCACGCCUCGUGGGAGAGGGGAAGAAAUUUCCACAUUUCCUCAAUAAGAAGAGGAUAAGACAGCAAGUGCUAAGGAUGAGGAAAGAAAAUAGGCCAGUUGUGCUUUCUGGACUCUUCUGGGCCUGAGGUUUCAGGAUGCUCUCUUAAAGGAUUUUAGAAGAGGAAGGAUUUUUUAAUGGCUUUUCAGAAUCUUGAAUACAGUUUGACAUGACAACAAAAAAUGUUGGUUUGACUGCCACAAAUGCAGAACUAAGAGGAUUUAUAGAUCAGAAUCUCAGUCCAACAAAAGGUAACAUUUCUUUUGUCGCAUUUCCAGUUUCCAGCAGCAACUCGCCAACAAAAAUUUUACCAAAAACCUUAGGACCAAUAAAUGUGAAUGUUGGACCCCAAAUGAUUAUAAGCACACCACAGAGACUAACCAGUUCAGGAAGUGUUCUGAUUGGGAGUCCGUAUACCCCUGCACCAGCAAUGGUUACUCAGACACACAUAGCAGAAGCUACUGGCUGGGUCCCAGGUAAACGAAGCAAAAAAGGAGAUAAAAAUGGAAAAGGCUUGAGACAUUUUUCAAUGAAGGUGUGUGAGAAAGUUCAACGGAAAGGAACAACAUCAUAUAAUGAAGUAGCUGAUGAGCUGGUAUCAGAGUUCACCAAUUCAAAUAACCAUUUAGCAGCCAAUUCGCAGGCUUAUGAUCAGAAGAACAUUAGGAGAAGAGUUUAUGAUGCUUUAAAUGUGCUGAUGGCAAUGAACAUAAUUUCAAAGGAAAAAAAAGAAAUCAAGUGGAUUGGCCUGCCUACUAACUCUGCUCAGGAAUGUCAAAACUUGGAGAUAGAGAAGCAGAGACGGAUAGAACGGAUAAAGCAGAAGCGGGCUCAGCUGCAAGAACUUCUCCUGCAGCAAAUUGCUUUCAAAAACCUGGUACAGAGGAAUCGGCAAAAUGAACAGCAAAACCAGGGUCCUCCAGCUCUAAACUCCACCAUUCAGCUGCCAUUUAUAAUCAUCAAUACAAGCAGAAAAACAGUCAUAGAUUGCAGCAUCUCCAGUGACAAGUUUGAAUAUCUUUUUAAUUUUGACAACACCUUUGAGAUCCAUGAUGACAUAGAAGUACUAAAGCGGAUGGGAAUGUCCUUUGGCCUGGAGUCAGGCAAAUGCUCCCUGGAGGAUCUGAAACUUGCUAAAUCACUGGUGCCAAAGGCUUUAGAAGGUUACAUCACAGAUAUCUCCACAGGACCUUCUUGGUUAAAUCAGGGACUGCUUUUGAACUCUGCCCAGUCAGUUUCAAAUUUAGACCUGACCACUGGUGCCACCUUAUCCCAAUCAAGUGUAAACCAGGGGUUGUGCUUGGACGCUGAAGUGGCCUUAGCAACCGGGCAGUUCCUUGCCCCAAACAGUCACCAGUCCAGCAGCGCGGCCUCACACUGCUCGGAGUCCUGAGGCGAGACCCCGUGUUCAUUCAACGAC